CACAUCCAAGCCGAGGAAGAGCUUCCGUUCUCUAGCUCGUCUCACGGCCCAACAGCAGCGAGUGGGGCGUCAGACUCCUAUAUAACACACUAACAGCCUCACAUCAGACAGUUAACGCAUAGCUUCGACAUGAAGGUCUUCGUUUGUCUUCUCGCCCUCGCAGCGGUGGUACACGCCGGUUACAUCGGCGGUGGAGGUGGUGGCUGGUCAGGAGGUGGUGGCGGCGGUGGCUGGUCAGGAGGCGGCGGCGGAUAUGGAGGCGGCGGCGGCUAUGGAGGCGGCCAUGGCGGCGGCUCCGGUGGUCAAGUGAAGAUCAUCAAGAUUAUCUCCAGCGGCGGAGGCGGAGGCGGCGGUGGUUACGGAGGCGGUUGGAAAUCAGGAGGAGGAGGCGGCGGUGGCUGGUCUAGCGGCGGAGGCGGUGGUUGGAAGAUCGGAGGAGGAAGCGGCGGUGGAUGGUCCGGAGGUGGUGGCAGCGGAUGGAAGUCAGGCGGCGGUGGAUGGUCCAGCGGCGGUGGCAGCGGAUGGAAGUCAGGCGGAGGUGGAGGAGGCGGCUGGUCCGGCGGUGGUAGCGGCUGGAAGUCCGGCGGAGGUGGUGGAGGCUGGUCCGGCGGCGGCGGAUCUUCCGGCUGGUGGUGAUCUCGAAGUAGCAAAUUUAUGACAAUACACACGUACCUCCAA